GAAGUAUCAGGUUGCCGUACUUCGACUGUGGGUUGUCACUGUCUAAUAAUAUGACCGUUUUGCCAUCUCUCUGCAAAUAAGGCAGAAGCUGCUACCUGAUUGGUAUAACAUCUCACUUUCCCUCCUCAUUGAUUUUCUUGUUCUCCUCCUUUGCUUCAUAAAAAGAGGGACAAGUGGCUGGUUCUGUGGACAGAGGAGCUUUAUUUUUAGUAUGAGACAACCUCUAUUUUCUUUCAGGAGAGGGAAGUUGGAUUAUAAAUUCUUUUGUAAAUGUGUAUGGUGAUAUUUGCUCCGCUUUUUGCAAUCUUUGCAUUUGCAACAUGCGGUGGCUAUUCAGGAGGCCUUCGGCUGAGUGUGGACUGUGUCAACAAGACGGAAAGUAACCUCAGCAUUGACAUAGCAUUCGCCUACCCUUUCAGGUUGCACCAGGUGACGUUUGAGGUGCCUACCUGUGAGGGGAAGGAGCGACAGAAGCUGGCCCUGAUUGGUGACUCCUCUUCAUCAGCAGAGUUCUUCGUCACCGUUGCGGUCUUCGCCUUCCUCUACUCCUUGGCUGCCACUGUCGUUUACAUUUUUUUCCAGAACAAGUACCGAGAAAACAACCGGGGUCCACUCAUUGACUUCAUCGUCACUGUUGUCUUUUCAUUCUUGUGGUUGGUGGGUUCAUCAGCUUGGGCGAAAGGACUGUCCGAUGUCAAGGUGGCAACAGACCCAAAGGAAGUAUUGUUAUUGAUGUCAGCUUGCAAACAGCCCUCCAACAAAUGCAUGGCUGUCCACAGCCCUGUCAUGUCCAGCUUAAAUACUUCUGUGGUCUUUGGAUUCUUGAACUUUAUCCUCUGGGCUGGAAACAUCUGGUUUGUUUUCAAGGAGACCGGCUGGCACUCCUCUGGACAGAGAUACCUUUCAGAGCCAAUGGAGAAGCACUCAAGCAGCUAUAAUCAAGGUGGCUACAACCAAGACAGCUAUGGGUCCAGUGGUGGGUACAGUCAGCAGGCGAGUUUGGGGGCCCCUGCUGAUGAGUUUGGGCAACAGCCCACAGGUCCUGCUUCUUUUACCAAUCAGAUUUAACAAGGUCUUCUGUGUAUCUUCUGGAGCUAGCCUCACCCAUUUCCAUUUCAGUGGUGAAGUUUUUAAGUUCCCAUCAAUUAUUAAUACAGAGAGUGUUUAAUGUAAAUCAGAAAUCUGUAGUCCUCAUUAAAGCAAAAAAGCUUGGGUCAUGAUAAAUGAUACUUAGAGAUGAGCUGAUGUGAGGAGAUACAUUAUUCAUCAUAGAUGGCUAGUUGGAGAGGACCUUAUUAGAUACACACAUACUUUUAUGGUCAUUUUGUAUGUGUGUUAAGGUUUUAGAAGCAUUUUGUAGCUUAAAGUCUCUAGUAUGUAAUAUGCAUAAGGUAAAUUAAGUAGCACUGAGUUUUCCUAUGCGUUUUGAUGUUUCAAUGAUUUCUAUAAGACGGUUUGGUGUACCACAACAAGCAUGUAUUAUUUUUUAGCUGUAGGCCCUGUAGGACUGUGAGACUUAACUAUUUGUUUUAGAUAAUUACUGUGUAUUUUUUUAAUUUGAUGAAUCAAUGCCCUUAAGAUUUAGUGCAUGAAUAAGCAUUUUCUCAAAAAAAAUGAAUAUUUGAACUGUAUUUAUGAAAAUUUUCCAGUUUGCACCAUAAAUUUGUUAAAUGGACGUUUAAAAUAAGAUAUUCACUACUUUGUAUACUUGCAAAUUUGUCUCUCUGGCUUUACUCAAUCUUGACUGCAUUGUAACUAAGGGUUGGAAUUUUUUUCCCUAUUGGUAGUUAUUCAGUGUUACAUAUGAUAAUUGCCAAAUAUUUAUUCUAUUUACUUAGCUAAAAUUUACAUUCUUGUAACUUUCUAUGGUGUUUUGUGGCUCUUAUCCUACAGACUGUGAGUAAUAGGUCCAGCAACUGUGUUUAUUAAGUGUUGUUUUCUCAGAAUAAUGGAGAUACAGAUAUCAGACACCAUAAUCAAGAAGCUAUCUGAAAUAUUGAUUUAUAACGAAAAUUCUGGAGAAUCUACACUAGCAGGUAAAUUUUUAAAUCCUGAUUGCUUAUAAAGUUAUUAUGUUCCUUGAUUUAAUUAUUAGAAAUUCUCAAGUCAAAGCUCAACUUACUAUUACUAAUUCUGAUUUGAGUAUUAUCCAUAAAUUAAAAAUGACUUCCAUGAACCACUCUAUCCCAAAGAGGGUUCUCAAGAAAUAUUCCCCAGAAUAUAUUUAUUCCCAAGAAAAUGCCAAUCUUCACUUCUAUGUUUAAAUUACAUAGAAAGCUCUGGGCCCAGUAGCAAGGGCAAGCCAAACAUCUGUAUUUCCAGAUAAGAGUUGUUACUGAUUUAUAAGCUCAUGUGAUCUGUGAUGUUAAAAGCAUUUUAGCUUUGUUUCUUAGAUGAUACCUGUGACCAGUUUCUGGAUCCUGUUGAAUAAAUCUGUAUUGUGAUAUUUAUUUGACCUUAAUAAAGUUAUUGCAUACAAUG